CGUAGAGAACCUCAUUCUUUCCGGAAAGAGACUGUAUCAGAGGCAUCAUACACACUCCUUCGGUCCUCCUCUCGCUCUGUCUCUCAGACCCCCCUUUCGUUCUCCUCCCAGGCCAAUUCCCUUCAUUAAUUGUGCCUACACACGUUCAUCCAACAUUCCUUUGCGGGUGACUUUCGUUUCUUCAUCGUUAUAUAUUGUUUAUCGCCUUCCCAUCUGUACAUAUCCCCCCAUCCCGCUGUAAUCCCCUUCAAUUCUCGUCAAGAUGGUGCGCCUCGCUUCUUCGCUCUUGUUGGCCUCCCUGUCCGCCUCCGCUUGGGCGGCUGCCUCGUGCAGUUCGUCCUCGCAGUGUCCUGAGGAUAAGCCGUGCUGCUCUCAAUACGGAGAGUGUGGUACUGGCGCCUUCUGCCUGGGAGGUUGCGACCCUCUUUCUUCCUUCUCUCUCGACUCCUGCGCCCCCGCCCCCAUCUGCGAGGACAAGAAAUACACCUGGGAUAACCUAGACAAUGCCGCCCUGAACACCAAGUUCCUGGGAAAUGCCUCCGAGUCCGACUGGGUCUACAGUGGUUUCCCAAAGGUCAAGGAUGGAAACCUGGAUAUCACCAUGCCCAAGGAGACUGUCGGUACCCUCUUCGCCAACACCCACUACAUCUGGUACGGCAAGAUCGGUGCGAAGAUUAAGAGCAGCCGUGGUGCUGGUGUCGUCACGGCCUUUAUCUUGCUGUCCGAUGUCAAGGACGAGAUUGACUACGAGUUUGUCGGUGCCGACUUGGACAAUGUCCAGACCAACUACUACUUCCAGGGCAUUCUCGACUACAACAACGGUGGAAAGUCCCCUGUUAAAGGCGGCACCUACGAUGACUGGCACUACUACGAGAUUGACUGGACCCCCGACCUCAUCACCUGGUCUGUGGACGGCAACUCUGUUCGCACCCUCGAGAAGGCCAAGACCUGGAACGAGACUGCCAACCGCUACGAAUUCCCCCAGUCUCCGUCUCGCAUGCAGCUGUCUCUCUGGCCCGCCGGUGGAUCGUCCAGUGCUGAAGGAACCAUUGAAUGGGCCGGUGGAAAGAUUGACUGGGACAGCGAGGACAUCAAGAAGGACGGCCACUACACCGCUACCUUUGGAGAGAUCAGCGUUGAAUGCUACAAGCCCCCUACUGGUGCCGACAUCCAGGGUGACAAGUCGUACAUCUUCACCAGCGACUCGGGCACCAACAACUCGAUCCGCAUCACCAACAAUGACACCGUCCUCGCCUCCAUGGGUGCUACCGGUCUCGACAUGGACGUGGGUGCCGACAAGGACGACUCUUCGAGCACCUCUGAUGCUUCUGGCUCUGUCCCGACUAACCAGGCUGGCGGUUCUGGCAACGCCCCUGGCUCUAGCAGCUCGGACUCGUCGAGCAGCACCACCAGCGGAAAGGAAUCCAGCAGCAGCGGCGCUACUGACACGAACGCCGCUCCUUCCCACAACGAGCGCGUUCUCCAAAGCUCCCUGUUUGCCGUUCUGGUUGCCAUGGUCGCUUCGAUUAUGUUGUAAAAAUUUGGCUUUUUUUUCUCUUUAUUUUUUUUUUUUAUAUCUUUCUCCAUUGAACAUUUUUUCACUAUCUUUCUUUGGAUGCCACUUUGAUCUCUGGAUGAUUCCAACGCAUUGUUUUUUGUUCUAUACCUGGCGAUUUCGUCACUCAUGUCU